AUGACUACAACAGCUGAAUUAACUAAAUAACUAUUAGAAUAUCAUGGCUGCAUUUAUGAAGAGAAUGUUGUUCAUCAACUCAACGAGUAUGCCAAAAAGCUCAUGAAAACUAUUUUGGAUGGAGCUUCCAACUUGGCUGACAUGCAGAAGAGAUAAAACAUCACCACUGAAGAUAUUAAGUUUAUCAUUCAUAUAUAAAAUCCUAGAAUAGCCUAUGAAUAUCUAUAAAAUCCAACUAUCAGUAUGAAUGACCUCAUUCAAGUGGCUUCUGAAAAGAAUUCUCAACAAUUGAAUGAUCAAUUUAAAGAUUAAACUAAUUAUGAUGCCAGAUUGCCCGCAAGUGAAACCAACAAACUUUUGAAACCCAAUUUCUAAGUUAUUGUUAAAACUCAACCUGAUUAAAUACCCCUAGUUUAAUAGUAAAUGGAAAUCGAAAAGAAUCCCAAUAAAUAACAAUAAUAAUAGUAAGCUCCAAAAUUAGGAAGAAAAAAGAUGAAUAUCGAAAUGGACGAGGAUCAAUGA